CCCGGACCCCUGCUCGAUCCUCGCGUUGUCGGAUUCCAGCGGCCCCCCAGUUUUCUGUUCCGCACCGCCGCCCACCGGCGUCCACUGUCCAGGCCGACCUCCAGGGGGAGGGGGACCUUUGCGCGAUCGAACGAGUGGGCCCACUUUGCACACUGAUCAAGCCGAAGGGACCCGGAACUGACCAGCCAGGGAAGUCCGACCACUCGGCUGCGCUGGAUUUCCAAAAUAAUUUACUCUAUGAAUCAUUUAUAUCUACAAACCUCCGCUCCUCCACCACCACCAAUUCCAGGUCGGAGUCAACACCACCACAACGAUCACUAACAUGGCGUCUUUCGCACCAGGCCUGCGGAGGCUCGCUGUGAGGGCAUCCCCCUCGCUCUUCGUGUGCCGCCAAUGCCAGCGCCAGCAGCCGCAAUGGCGCUCGUCCCCGUCCCGCGUCCUCGACACCAUCGUACGAUCCCAGCAGCAGACCCGGAGCUUUAACCAGACCAAGGCGCCGCUCAACUUCAGCAGCAACGCCGUCAUCGCCGACAAGCCGUCUUCCUCGAUCGCAGCGCAAGCCGUAGACAAGGCCAAGAAUGCCACCAAGACGAGCGCGUGGCCUGAGACGAACUCCAAGUCUGUGGGAUACUGGCUCGUCGGUAGCGCCAUCAGCGUCUUUGGCAUUGUCGUCUGGGGUGGCCUCACACGACUGACUGAAUCUGGCUUGAGCAUCACCGAAUGGCGUCCCGUAACCGGCUCUAUGCCCCCGAUGAACCAGGAAGACUGGGAAUCCGAGUUCGAAAAGUACCGCGCCUCCCCCGAAUUCAAGCUCCUCAACCCGCACAUGGACCUGGCCGAGUUCAAAAAGAUUUACUUCAUGGAGUGGUCCCACCGCCUCUGGGGCCGCCUCAUCGGAAUGUCCUUUGUCCUGCCCACCCUCUACUUCAUCGCCCGCCGCCGCGUCACUCCCAAGAUGGCCGUCAACCUCUGCGGCAUCUCCUGCCUCAUCGCCUUUCAAGGCUUCAUCGGUUGGUGGAUGGUCAAAUCCGGCCUCAAGGACGACCUCUUCGCGCCCGGCUCCCAUCCGCGCGUCUCCCAGUACCGCCUGACAGCCCACCUCGCCACGGCUUUCGUCUGCUACUCGUGGAUGCUCGUCUCCGCCCUCACCGUCUUCCGCACCCGCCGCCUGCUCGCCGACCCCGUCGCCGCCACCAAGGCCUUGAACGCCCUCCGCAACCCGGCCAUCAAGACCUUCCGCCGCCUCUCCUUCGCCCUCGUCGCCCUCGUCUUCACAACCGCCAUGUCGGGCGCCUUAGUCGCCGGCCUCGACGCCGGCCUCAUCUACAACGAGUUCCCCUACAUGGGUCUCGGCCUGACCCCGCCCUCGGGCGAGCUCUGGGACAAGUUCUACUCCCGCAAGGAAGACGGCUCCGACCUCUGGUGGCGCAAUAUGCUCGAGAACCCCAGCACCGUCCAGCUCGACCACCGCAUCCUCGCCAUGACGACCCUCUGCUCCAUCCUCUCCCUCUUUGCCUACUCCCGCACCGGCCGCGUCGCCGCCGCCCUCCCCAAGAACGUGAAAAAGGGCGUCCUCGGCACCGUCCACCUCGUCCUCAUGCAGGCCGCCCUCGGCAUCAGCACCCUCAUCUACAUCGUCCCCGUGCCCCUGGCCGCGGCACACCAGGCCGGCGCCUUGGCGCUGCUCACUGGCGCCCUGGUUCUCGGACACCGUCUGCGCGUGCCAAAGUCCACCCUGGCCAUGAUCCAGAAGCGAAUGACGGCCAUCAAUAAGGCGAAGGCUGGCAGGCGAUCCUAGCCUGCUUCCGCUUUCCCAUGACUUGCGACUUCUCUCCCUACAAAGUUACAGUUUUACAAUAUUUGGUUUGACUGCAUUUUGGCAGCGACGGCAUUUUUGCAUUAUGGCACGUAUGAUACACACAAAAGCAAGUAGACAUGUAUAACACUGUAGCAACAAACGGCCAGACACGACCAGCCCUUUGAGGCGGUCAUUAUGUAUCUCGAGUCUAUCCCGUUCAAAACCUUUUGUUCAUUUUUUUUUAAUAGAAGCUCAACUCUAGACUAUGGAACGUCUGCCGGAUAUCACUGGGGGCGUACACUUCUAUUCAUUUCUCCGCGUGCGUCACUUGUAGACAAUCAUACAGGGCGAUUCGUCUUGAAAUCCGAUCCCAAACAUCUGGAGAACUCUCUAUUUGUGGGCUGUGAUGUAGUGUUAGUCGAGGCUCUCCGUUGUAGUGGCAUGCAAUCAAGACUUACCAAUUCCCUCCUCGGGGACAGGC